AUGUUUAGGCAAAGAAAAGUAAAAAUAUUUACGAUAGCUUUUAUAUUGUGUUUAUUUCUGUAUCAUACUUUUGUAAGACCUAGUUUAAAUUUGUUUAAAAUAAGAAUUGCUUUAGGACUGCUUCCGAACGAUAAAAUUGGUGUUGAAGCUGAAAUAUUAAAAAGUAUAAUUCCAAGAACGAAUGGAGUUCCAACAAGAAGUGUAAUUGUUAGUUCGUGGAGGAGUGGAUCAUCAUUCUUAGCUAAUAUGGUUAAUUCUGUGCCUGGCAACUAUUAUCACUGUGAACCUUUAACAUCUUAUGGUAUUACUCAAAUACGUGGAUCACCAAACGACACACAAGCUAUUUUGGGCAUUAAAAAAUUACUACAAUGUGAUUACACAGAUAUGGAAAGUUAUAUACAAGCCAUUAAUGAAAAUGAAUUCAUGCAGUAUUGCAACUGGCGCGUAUAUAAAAGUUGUGAAUAUUUUUCAAAAAUUUGUUAUCAACCACAAUUUCUUGGACAGAUUUGUAACCAAUUUCCAUUACAAAGCAUGAAGCUUGUCAGAUUGAGAUUAAAGGUUGCCAAGCAAUUGCUAGAUGAUGCAAGUCUUAAUGUGCGGAUUCUGUUGCUUGUAAGAGAUCCUCGAGGAAUAUUGCAAUCGCGAAAGCAUGAAGUUUGGUGUCUUGGAGAACCUGAAUGUGACAACCCGAAAACAUUAUGUUCUGACAUGGUGGCUGAUUAUCAUGAAGCUGUUGAACUUGCAAAAAAUUAUCCAAUUACAUUCAAAGUCAUCAGAUAUGAAGACUUAUCAUUGUCACCUUUUGAUCAAUCAAAGGAUAUUCUUCAAUUCUAUGGACGUUCAUUUGAUGCAAAUGUAGAGGAUUUUAUCAAGACUUUUACAAAAACCAGUGAUUGGAGAUCUAAUAAAUUUGCCCAAGAUUCGAACUCGAUUCCUUUCAAGUGGAUUAAAAAACUGACGUUCGAUGAGAUUCAAAAGAUACAAGAAAGCUGUUCAGAGGCAAUGAAGUUAUGGGGAUAUAGAAAACUAUCCAAAGACAAUGAUGUAGACAACUUCAAUCCAAUUAUUAACUUUCUUAAAUUUUAAGAUUUUUUGUAUGGGGCCGUUCACUUAUGACGUCGAGGGGGGGGGGGGGGGGUCAGCAAGAAAAGAGCAAUAGAAAUUCCUGGAAAUCCAUUGUUUUUUUAUGAAAAAUGACCGGUAAAUUCGGACGUAAUAAGUGAACGACCCCUAUACUAAAGUAGCUUUUUACAGUCUCAGGAAAUAAAAGGGAUUUUUAGGAUUUACUGAUAAAAACUCCAAAAAAAUGAAGAAAUUUCUGUUGAAUUAAGGGGAUUUGUCACCCCUGACUCCGAGUCUGGCUUUUAUUUUGAAAAUUCGAUUGUUUAAAUCAAUCUGUGCAAAAUAAAUUUCACAAUUUUGUUAUUUUAUGUCUCACAUUUUUUUAUGUCUCAAACUUGAUAGCGAAUGUAAUGUCUGAGCAGAGUGGAAUCUAUGGUGUCAAGUUUCAACC